CAGAACAGUAUGAGUCGACGACGUAAGGAAAAUGUAACACGAUGAGGAACUUUGCCUGGCUGGUCGCUGCAUCUGCGAUAUGCGUCAUGGCUAGCAAGGAAAGAGAAAAGGCGAUCUUAGAAGUUGUGCUAUACGAAAGUACGGAGCAUGGCGACUAUAAAACUUACACUUACAGCUUGAGUGGUGAGUUUUCGGCCGCUGGACCGGCUAUCAGUGCCGAAGGAGACAUCGUCCAGAUCCACCCGCUGGGGCUGUGUAACCGUAAUGAUGAAGAUCAGCUGUAUGAGUAUGGUUGGGUGGGCGUGGUCAAACUGGAGGAGCCUCACCUGGGACCUGACCCUUGCAUGUCCGUCUACCAGAAGGCAAAGCGAGCCAUACAACGGGGAGCAACAGCCGUUGUCUUUGACGUCACCGAUGAUCCAAUGGCUGGACAGCAGCUGAACCAGGCUAAUCUCCGCUCACUGGACAGACCAGUUGUGAUCAUUCGCGAUAACGAAGCCAACAGACUUAUGCAGAUCGUCAACACUCAAAAAGUGGCGCGAGCUCGCAUAGUGUAUUCCUCACCGGACGCCAUGAUAACUAAGGGCGAGAACAAAGAGUAUUUUGAGAUGGCUAUUUUUGUAGCUGUAUUCAUCAUUUUUUGUAUUAUCUGCAUUGUUGUGAUACUGAAGUUAAAAUGGAGGCACAGACAUAGACAGGUGUCCAUUCCAGAGUUAGCCAAACGCGCAGUUGCCAAAUUAGAGACACGGAAAUACAAACUGGCUGUGUCAGAGGUGAAGGUAUCCCCAUCUUUGUCUUUGUCCCCUGACCACUACAGCCAAAGCUCAAUGUACGAGUCGUGUGCAAUUUGCCUGGAGGAGUACAGAGAUGGACAGGAGUUGAGAGUGCUACCUUGUUCCCACGAAUUCCAUCGCGGUUGUGUUGAUCCCUGGCUCAUCACAAACUGUACCUGCCCUCUCUGUUUGUUCAACAUUAUUGCUCACCAUCAGAACCCAUCAUCGGUGCGGCCGGCUCGUGUCUUGGUGUCUGGUGUCGGUGGUGGGAGUCGCACCGUUUUACCCGGUGCAGCACGCUUACAUGGCAGUGCCAGUGACAGCAGCGUCUCACGCUUCUCGCACAUUCCUGACUCGGAGUAUCACAGUAUUCACUUGAUGCGAACUUGUCCGUCUUGCGAGGGGACAGUCGCAUCGUCGCACAGCCCUGAGUCAGCACGAUCUUUCUUCCGGGAAUAUGCGCCCAUGCCGGGACACAAACCGGCGAGACAUAAGAACAGUUCGUCGGGGAACUAUGAAAAUGUGAUGCCACAAAGACUUCGACAGGCUGCGGGCAUGGCCAAAUCUUGUACAGACUCCUCUAUUAAUACUGUCUUUCAAAACUCAGGGAUUUCAAACUGUUAUAACACUUCAACAUCGGCGGAUUCAUGGCAGUACACCAGGAAAAGCGGACCGUCUAACCCUGUGAUCCUGGGCCAUGCCCUCGUGUAUGUUCCACAAACAACCAGCUGCGGGGCAUCAUGGGAAAGCGACCCGGAAUAUGUGUUUGCCUCGGCGGCCGAGAAGCAAGCUGUGAUAAAACCCAGACGCGACGCCAGGAACGGCAGCACGAGCGAUUCUAGCAUGGACUGUGAUUUGUGCGCAGCGCAUCUCAACAGCGAUGUGACGCUCAACAUCAGCAAUCAUAGUACAUGCGGCAGCAUAGAUAGAGUUUUGACGGACGUCAGUAGUUAUGACUCGAAUGUUUAUCAGUGCCACUCUCCGGAUAAUUUGCAUAAAUCUCAGGAAGAAGCGGCCGAUCAUCAACCUGGGCCACCGAAACUCCCCGCAGUUCGCCUCAAACCAUCCUGCCUACGUACUGCCUCUGUCGUGCAUCAUCAUUCAAUGGGAGAGCACUCUGACCUGCACCGCACUUCAGUGGGAGACAACUCUUGCACAUCGCACAACCGGCUGAGUUUCUGUAGCUCGGCUUCAGACAUUGUACAUAAUUCGAGAGGGCAGCUUGUGUCAUUAGGUACUGCUGGGCGUCAGACAGGGCUCUGUGACUUAUGCAAUAGCCCGGGAACCUCUCAAGUGUCUCUGGGUGAAGUUUCUAAUAUAUCAACAGUAUUAAGUGACAUUGGCGGAAACAUGACGGACAGUAACCAUGACAACAGUCAAGGAUGUCUGCUCAGAAUGGACUCUGUGCCGUGUUCGUGCUGCACAUCGGGUAAUAAUCGUAGCACAGGGUCUCUCCAUUCCUGCCAGUCAGACCAAAGUUUUUGUGGAACUAGGGCUGCUGUAUCAGGCCCUACUGUUAGUGAUUGUAGUGCAGUGGUUCCCCCAACCUCUCAAGUGACUCCCACCCCUGGAGAGACGGCCAGGCGGAACCCCCCACCCUCUGCCAUACAGCUUGGGAACAAACUCAUACCUUGUCAAUCUUGUGUCAAUCAGGUUGAACCUGUGAAGGGAAACAACUCACACAAUAAGGGGAGUAACUCUCCACGCCAGUCAAUGGUUCUCUUCACAGAACAACAAGGUUCAGUCACAAUACCGCUCGAAGAAAGUGAAAAAUAUGACCCUGUCGAUGGAGUUUAACCAGGACAACGACCUUUAAACUUGUUUGUAUCCAAUCAGCUGCUGGCUUGGGGUUGUUGUUGCUGUAUGCAGUGUUAUCCAAUGAACUGUGGUCAUUUUGUACCCUUUGAUACUCUUCUUUGCUAUCCAGUCAAAUCUCCAUGGCAACGACCUUUACCCUUACCCUGGGAUCCCUUCCUCUGUAAUGAUCGCAGCUGCAUAUUUAUGAGAAGACAAGCUGAAACAGUUGCAUUUAUCUUUAGUGUGAUACCUCAAGAAUUUGAUUGGACGCUUUCUGUCGAAGUGAAAGGCACACAACGAUGUGCCGAGUGGCUGGACCAAACAGUGCUGAAAACAGAUUUUUCACCCGAGAUUAAAAAAGUUAUUAUUAUUAUUACAGUUAUUAUUCUUCUUAUUGAUAUCUGUUACUUUGUUGCUGUGAAUAUACAUGUAAGUUGUAUAUAUAUUUAUUUAUGACGAGUGCCAGGUAUGGUAAAUCAUAUCCCUUUGGAAAAGUUUGUUGAAUUAAAAAAAAAUGAAUGCACAACUGUACAUUCAUGCAUUCAGUAAUACUAUUUUCAGAGUCUUUUUCUCUGUUGGAGAUUUUUCAUCAGACUUUCAAUAAGAAAUUAUGAAAUGAUCAAAUGAACUUAGUUAAUUUUUUCUAUAUUUUGUAUAACAGCAAAUUCACAUGGUUGCCACCUGUGUAACUCUCGAGCCAUAGAGUACUAGAUUUAAAUAUUCAAAACAGUACAUAAAUCAAGAUCUGAAAGGAUGAUAUUAUUAGCUGUUCUUAAUGAAAGUUUGUUCCAUUUUUAAUAUUCAAAUUUCAAAUUGUUUUAGAACUAUUUCGAACUGUACUACGGUAAGGUAGUAGCAAAUAUUUCAUAAAAUAUCAAAAUAUUUGAGAGUAAUCAGUUUUGAUUUAUUCUCUUGCAGUUUUUCUUAAAACAACAUAUGAGUAUCUAUUAUUUUGAAAACAAAUUGUGGAUUAUGUAACAAUUAACGAAUGCCGUUGUGCCAAAAAAAAGGUUGUGUGUUUGACAAGGUGGUGUGCAUCAAGCGAAUGGAUCAAGAAGGCAUGUACAACUGUACCUGAAGUCUGAUAUCGUAUUUCUUUUUUAAGUUAAUUUUACUCGAAAAUAUAAUGUGGGAGAUUAAGACCCAACUUAUUUUUUAACAGAAUAAAUAUUCAACAAAAUGAUAUUUGUAAUGGAUGAAAAUCCUUGUCAUUGACAAAUAAUGUUUUCAACCUCAGUUCUGAAUUUUUUGUAAACUAUCAAACUUCAUGGGUUAUUGUGUGAGCCACAACUUUUAGAAUUGGGAACUUUGUAGUCUGAACUCACAUGCAAAUAAGACUUUGUACACGACUUCACUUAUAUUAAAGAUGUUCAUCAGUGAAAGAAAUUGUAAGAAGCUUUCAUGGUCAGUACCAUAAAAUUCAAGGUCAAAGGCAAAUACUGUAAAUCUUCAACAUUACUGAUCUUUAAAGCACUUUCUUUCAGUGGAAUUUAUGCAUUCAGUUCUUUUGUUAAUGGCACUAAAAACCAUUUGUUUGUGUCACUUCAGAUGCAAGCUUCAUGAAACUGUUCGAGUUAUUUCUCUACUCCCCAUACUUCUCUUGGAAUGAUUCAAAAUAUUUGUCUCAGAGGCGUUUGAAAAGAUUGAAGAAUUAGUGAGAGGAUGUUUGACACUAUGUUGUAAAAGGUGAUCACAUUACAUCAAGUGGAUAAAAGGAUUGUGCAGCUCACAAAGUUUUUGUUUUUUACAUCUUUCCAUAUUUUUUUCACUGAAAAAAAAGUAUGCAUUCAGAGUGUAAUUUCCAAUACGGGUAUACUUAUUACUGUAACUACAUGUUCCUUUUUUUUUUUCUCUUGUUAGUAAGGCUCUUCACAUUUCAGUCAGUAUUCCAAGAUCUGUUUAUUUCUGAACACUUUCAAAAACAAUCUGCCACUGUUUAAGAAAUGCUCAUUUAGCCCCUAACAGAUCUGAUUGUUGUGAAUUUUAUUGUCACAAAGUGAGAACCUGAGAAAGUAAUCAUGUUUUUGUGGUUUUAUUUUUUCUAGUGAGAACUGUUCAGAUAUUUUUUUUUUUCGGUGAAAAAACUCUAAAAUUAAAUGCAGAGCUUCUAAAACUGUUGAAAAGAGAAAUGGAUAUGACAGAUUUAUGUCAUGACCAUAAGUUUUGCAAGAAAAGAGAGGUUAAAGAACAAAGGGAGAUAACUGACAUACAAUUUGUUAAUCAAUGACACCCUGGCAUUCCACUCUCAACAGCAUGUAUGGUAAAUAAAGAA